CUGAGAUUCGCUCCGCCGCAAAGGCUGAUGGGAGAGCUGUGCGGUUUUGGAGACAUUUUGGUUUUGAAGGGGCUGGACUAGCCGAAGGUUCUGGCAGUCGGUUUCCCUGAGCACUUGUCAAGAUGUCCACCAUGGUGUAUGCCCGGGAAGAGAAGCUUGAAAAGCUCUCUCAAGAGGAGAUCAUAUCCAACACCAAACUGGUGAUCCAGGGCUUGGAAGCCCUCAAGAAUGAGCACAAUUCCAUUCUCCACAGUCUCUUGGAGACCAUCAAGUGCCUGAAAAAGGAUGAAGAGGCCAACCUGGUGCAUGAGAAGUCCAAUCUGCUGCGCAAGUCAGUGGAGAUGAUUGAGCUGGGCCUUGGUGAAGCACAGGUGAUGAUGGCCCUGUCCAACCACCUGAAUGCGGUGGAGUCCGAGAAGCAGAAGCUGCGCGCGCAGGUGAGGAGGCUUUGCCAGGAGAACCAGUGGCUGCGGGAUGAGCUAGCCAACACCCAGCAGAAGCUGCAAAAGAGCGAGCAGAGUGUCCCUCAGCUCGAGGAAGAGAAAAAACAUCUGGAGUUUAUGAACCAGCUUAAGAAAUAUGAUGAGGACGUUUCCCCCUCUCAGGAGGAAAAGGACAGAGAAAUGCCAAAGGACUCCCUGGAUGAUCUCUUCCCCAAUGAUGAAGAGGAGAAUGUGCAACAUCAACACAACAGUGCAGCAGUGGCUGCGGCCCAACAGGGAGGCUAUGAGAUCCCAGCUCGUCUGAGAACACUACACAACCUGGUGAUCCAGUAUGCUUCUCAGGGCAGGUACGAGGUCGCUGUGCCCCUCUGCAAGCAAGCUUUGGAGGACCUGGAGAAAACCUCUGGACACGACCAUCCCGAUGUAGCUACUAUGCUUAACAUCUUGGCUUUGGUUUAUAGGGAUCAAAAUAAAUACAAAGAGGCUGCACAUCUUCUCAACGAUGCUCUUUCCAUCCGAGAGAAAACCCUGGGGAAAGACCAUCCUGCUGUUGCUGCAACGUUGAACAACCUGGCUGUGCUGUAUGGAAAGAGGGGAAAGUAUAAGGAGGCUGAACCUCUGUGCAAGAGGGCUUUGGAGAUCAGAGAGAAGGUUCUGGGGAAAGACCAUCCAGAUGUGGCCAAACAGCUGAAUAACUUGGCUCUGCUGUGUCAGAAUCAAGGCAAGUAUGAGGAGGUGGAAUACUACUACUGUCGUGCCCUGGAGAUCUACGAAUGUAGGCUGGGCCCGGAUGAUCCCAAUGUGGCCAAAACCAAGAAUAACCUGGCGUCAUGCUUUCUCAAACAGGGAAAGUAUAAGGAGGCUGAGAUUCUGUACAAAGAAAUUCUGACUCGUGCCCAUGAGAAAGAGUUUGGAUCUGUUGAUGCUGAAAACAAGCCUAUCUGGAUGCACGCAGAGGAAAGGGAGGAGAUGAGCAAGGGCAAGCACAGGGACAACACGCCUUAUGGAGAGUAUGGAGGCUGGUAUAAAGCCUGUAAAGUCAACAGCCCCACCGUGAACACAACACUGAGGAACCUGGGGGCUCUGUACCGUCGUCAGGGCAAGCUUGAAGCUGCCGAGACCUUGGAGGAGUGCGCUGUGAGAUCCCGCAAGCAGAGCAACACAGGCAUUGACCCUAUCCACCAGACACGCAUGGUAGAGAUCCUGAAGGACGCAGAUGGCGACAGGCGAAGGAGCAGGGAGAGCUUGAGCAGCGUUAAGUACGAGAGUGGCUCUGAAGCUGGCGAGGAAGUGAGUAUGGGCGUGGAGUGGAACGGGGACGGCAGCGGAACACUCCAGCGCAGCGGCUCUCUGGGCAAACUCCGAGACGUCCUGCGUCGUAGCAGCGAGCUGUUGGUCAAAAAAUUGCAGGGCAAUGGACCGCCUGAACCUCGCAGCACUAACAUGAAGCGAGCCGCUUCAUUGAACUACCUGAACAAGACGGGUGAUGAGUUAUUCCAGUCUCAGACUCGAAGCAAUAAUUUGAGGGUGAGCCGAGGCCUGAGCUCCAGCACCAUAAAUCUGUACUCUGGAAACUGAGCUGGAAUUUGAAGUGAACCUUCUCGACCUGCCAACGUCAGACCCAAAGAUGUUUCCUCAUAAAUAACACUUGCAUCCAAAGACCCUUUCACUAGUCUGAAUUCACAUGGAUUCUUGUGAAACUGUGCCUGCCUUCCUUUGUUGUUGUGCAAACGUUGAGUGGUGUUAAGAGCAUGACACCAAGAUCCUUUUUUUCACAUAUCCUGUGCCAUUCUUUUUUUUUUUUUUUAAACAGUGCUGAUUGUCCUUUUCCUUCUCCAUGAAAAGUAAUCAUAAAUUUUGUUUUAGUGCUCUCAAUGUAGAAAUGAGCUGUGUAGAGGUUUUGAAAUGACAUCUUGUAGAUUUGCUGAUUGUUGAAACUUCACUUGUCUCUGUUUGCCGGUGGAGAUGUGGCAUUGGGCUAAAGCUUUGGGAUACAGGGUGAAUGAAUACCUUACUGUCAUCACGUGACUCGCAGACCACAGAAUGGAAUGACAUUUUGAAGUCAAAUAGGCUGCUACUUUCAUUGUCUUUUAUUUUUGAGAGCUGUGUGUGUUCACAACAUGAACAAGGCAACUCGUAUAGAUCCUCGGUCAUGACAAACAUCCAUGUGAACACCCACUUUUU